UCAGCUGCCCCCUGCUCGCAGCUUCGCUCUCUGCGCACAGCCCCCUCUGCACUGUACUUCUCUAGCGGAGCCCUCCUGCUGCAAGGGACUAGAGGACUCCAGCACCUGGAGAGUUAACCUGCUGCCAAGUAAAUAUAGCUUCGAGGUCGUUGCUUUGAGAUUCGAGACCCGGGAAAAGUCAAGCCUGAAGAUCUUGCAAACUUCACGCGCUCCUCAGUACUCCCCAGUCCGGCGGGCCAAGCGGGUAGCACUGAACCGUCCCGAACCACAUACACCGCAUUCGCAUUCUCCCUUCGAUCUGUGGAGCAGGGCACAAUGAAAGGAGACACACGAAGAUACAAUGGUGAGGAGGCUAAUAAAGAAGACUUCAGCUUGGUCAAUGGCAGUGAUGAUGAAACUCUCUCUCCUCCAGUCCUGGAAGCAGUGGGGAGCCUGGAGAUCAAAGGUCGUAGGGUAAGCCGACGGGGAGUGUCGAAAAGGGAACUCUGUCAUAUGAUCACCUUCGAUGAGGACUUGACUGAUGAAUCAGAGGUAUCAGAAAUUCCUGUGAUGCCAAAGCUGUACCGCGAAGCCAAGUUUCAACCAGAAAAUUCAAAUGUCCGGUCUCGAAGUGAUGGUAGUACUACUGAUUCGGGAAGACGUAGACCUCCCCCACGCCUGGCCUCGCAGAAUAAACCUAGCAAGAAAGAAAAUGAAGAUGCCAGUUUAGAUGGCAAAGAUACCCCUGUGACCAGGAGCAAUAGGCGACGGUCCACUGGCACUCUGUCAACUAGUCUCCAGUGUCUUACCAUUGAUCUCACUGAUGAGCUCGGGAGCAUCACAACCACCAGGCGUAGUGCUAGAGAAAGACGUCGUCAUUCUCUAGGUUCUCAAAGUGUGUUUUCAGAGAACCUUGAUCAUAUGGAAUACCAGGAUGGAAAAGAGUUUCACAUUGGUGACCUUGUCUGGGGGAAGAUUAAAGGUUUUUCCUGGUGGCCUGCUAUUGUAGUUUCCUGGAAAUCCAACACAAAGCGCCAGGCUAUCCCUGGCAUGAGAUGGGUACAGUGGUUUGGCGAUGGUAAAUACUCUGAGGUCCCUUCAGACAAGUUAGUCAGCCUUGCAUUAUUUACCCAACACUUUAAUUUACCUACCUUUAACAAGCUGGUAUCUUACAGGAAGGCUUUAUUCCAAGCCCUGGAGAUGGCCAAGAGCAGAGCAGGCAAGACUUUCCCAGUCAUUCCUGGUGCCUCAUGGGAUGAAAAACUCAAGCCCCUGCUAGAAUGGGCUCAUGAAGGCUUCCAGCCAAUGGGGGAAGAGGGACUCAAACCAAAAAAGAAACCAGAUGGACGUGUCAUAGCAGAGCCUAAACAAAGAAGAAGGACUCUGGAGGAAGUCACUGUCCAAGAUAGCCUACCUCCUCCUAAACGCCUAAAGCCCAGCUGUGUGAAUAACAACAAAGAGAGGGUAGAGGAAGACCAAAGCCGAGAAAAAAUGGUUUCUGACCUCAAAAACAACAAAAGCAACCCUGAGGAUAGCUGCAUAGCCUGUGGCAGAAGAAACCCACCCUCCUUUCACCCCCUCUUUGAGGGGGGGCUCUGUCAUACAUGUAGAGAUAGAUUUCUAGAGCUGUUCUACAUGUAUGAUGAUGAUGGAUAUCAGUCGUACUGUACUGUGUGCUGUGAGGGACGCGAGCUCUUACUUUGUAGCAAUACAAGCUGUUGCCGGUGUUUUUGUGUCGAGUGCCUGGACGUGCUAGUUGGGGCAGGGACCUCAGCCAGUGCCAAAGCCCAAGAACCCUGGAGCUGUUACAUGUGCCUGCCUCAGCGGUGCUAUGGGAUCUUACAGCGUCGAAAGGACUGGAACAUUCGCCUUCAGGAAUUUUUCACCAACGACAUAGCUCAGGAAUAUGCAGUUCCAAAAUUGUAUCCAGCUGUCCCUGCAUCAAGGAGACGACCAAUCAGAGUCUUGUCCCUUUUUGAUGGCAUAGCCACAGGCUACUUAGUGCUAAAAGAAUUAGGCAUCAAGGUAGACAAGUAUAUUGCUUCAGAGAUCUGUGAGGAUUCCAUUGCUGUUGGAACAGUCAAGCAUGAAGGCAAUAUCAAAUAUGUUCAUGAUGUCAGAAACAUCACAAAGCGUCAGAUUGAUGAAUGGGGACCAUUUGAUUUGCUUAUUGGUGGAAGUCCAUGCAAUGAUCUUUCCAAUGUGAAUCCUGCCAGGAAGGGCUUGUAUGAAGGCACAGGAAGGCUCUUCUUUGAAUUCUACCAUUUGCUCAAUUAUACUCGCCCCAAAGAAGGGGAUGAACGCCCUUUCUUCUGGAUGUUUGAGAAUGUUGUGGCCAUGAGGGUCAAUGAUAAGAGGGACAUCUCAAGGUUUUUAGAGUGUAACCCUGUAAUGAUUGAUGCCAUCAAAGUUUCAGCUGCCCAUCGAGCCCGCUAUUACUGGGGCAACCUGCCUGGGAUGAACAGGCCGGUGAUAGCAUCAAAGACCGAUAAACUCGAGCUUCAGGACUGCCUGGAGUACAAUAGGAUAGCGAAGUUAAAGAAAGUACAGACAAUAACAACUAAGUCGAACUCGAUCAAACAGGGGAAAAAUCAACAAUUCCCUGUAAUCAUGAAUGGCAAAGAAGAUAUAUUAUGGUGCACAGAGCUAGAAAGAAUUUUUGGCUUUCCUGUUCAUUACACCGACGUGUCAAACAUGGGUCGAGGUGCUCGACAGAAGUUGCUGGGCAGAUCCUGGAGCGUCCCUGUUAUCCGACAUCUUUUUGCCCCACUGAAGGACUACUUUGCCUGUGAAUAACACAUGGGCUGGAACUUACAGGUGGAAGGGGAUUUGACCAUUGGUGGAGGGUUGACAUUGGGGAAGAACCAGUAUCAGUGAUGGUAGAACUGCUCAUCAUCCCCUCUAAGUUCUAGUCUUUGCUAUUCUUCGAUUUUGUUGCUGUGAUGAAUAAGGUCAGACUAAGACCCAAAUCAUCAGUCAUUACAUGUACCUCAGACUUUUCCCCAUUUGCUCAGUGGGACUCUUUUUAUUUGAGGCUCACUCCUUCUGAAGACCUGUGCAAACUAUUUCUCUGAAGCCUACAGACAAGUCCUACUACUUUGUGGCCGCUGAGUGGGGCAAGAUCAUGCUUUUUUUUUUUUUUAACUACACUUGAAAUAGAAAUUUUUAGUUUUUCUUUUUUUUUCCCUCCCAAAAUGAUGGCUAAAGUACAUGUCAAGUCUUGUUAGGUCAUAUUCUGAAUCAAUAAGACAACACAGGUGUCAAGCUUUUCAUUAAAAAAAAUUUUUUUUGUUUGUUGCUCCUUGUUCAAUAAUAUAUAAUCCUGAUGGGAAAGAUGCAAAUGUAGCUUAUUGAAACUAUUGACAGACUGAUUUAUUGAACAGAUAGAGCUCAAAGUACUGUUAGCAGCAUAUGAUGGUUUUUCUAAUUAUUAAGAAUAAUUUGUAUGUCCUUCUUUAGUCAAAUAUUUUCUACUUUGUUAAAAUAAAAAAAUAAAAACUCCCUCACCCUAAGAAUAUUAAAAAAACAAUAACCAAGAAAUAAUGAUUUUUGGAAAGCUUUGGGUACAAGUCAAAGCCCGUGAAAUACCUCCAGGCAUUUUGGAAAGUGAUGAAUCCAGCAGGGCUGGUCCUGACACAUCUCCAGUGCUUUUAAAGAAAAUUGUUGACACAAACUAAACCCAAAUUAUUUAUUGUCCUCCUCCUACUGCAAGAUAGCCCUAAAUGGGGGGGGGGGGGGGAUACAGGUCUGGAAAAGUAAACAGACACACUUAUUCUUUAUCAGGAUUUUGGGUCCAUCUCAAGUGUCAUAUUGUAGCCACUAGGUCCCAGGUUGAGCAGUCAGUGAAAUGAAGUGUAUAUUAUAUCUCUCCAUAUCACUAAUCUCCUUGUCACUUCUGCUCUCUUACUUGCUUUCUCAAAAUGUAUAGGAAGAAAAAAAAUCUUCAUCUUCUCCUUACCUAGGUGGCACUUUGCUUUAUAACUGCCAGGUGCAUUGUCUGUAGUCUCUGAGGUUAAUUGCAUGAUAUCCUAUUGUCCUAUAUUACAAUACCUUUUUCUGGACAGUUGGUCAUAUAUAGGGUUCAGAUGCACAUUUUUCUUUUGCUUUUAUUUUUCAUCUAAAAGAUGGAAAGUCUAAUAACCCUGAGGCUUCCUCCAGAAAAUUUUUAUCUGCCAUGACACCUGUCUUUUAAUUCCAUUUUGGGGUACCUUUUUAAGGGGAGGAAGCAACUGGGGAAACAGCAUUUCACAAAUGCUAUUGUAAUGGUUUUAAGACCUUUUACUGGUGCUAUUUUGUAGAAUAAGGACAUUACUGUUGACAAUUUUUCUUUCUUUUUUUUGUUGUGUUUCAUAAUUUUUUUGGUAACAGUAGCCCAAUAACAAAUGAAAAACUGCCUUGUUUAAACAGUUUUCUCAAUUUUUAGAAUGGAAAUUGCUGAAUGUCUAGAGUUUACCUUAUUAUAAUGGUUUAAUUAAAAAUCAGUAUUUCUCUAUGGUCUCCUUUGUUCUUUCUGUCAUACGAAGGGAACAUGCAUGGAUAUGACUUUCUGUUCAGGGCAGAUGAGAGGGAAAGAGGGUUAUUAGUGGGACACUAAGCUUCAUAGACACAUUAUUAUGGGGUGUCUGUCCCUAAUGGGAAGGAAUGGCACCUGCUUUGUAUUCUGUCUUCCAUUUCCCCUCUCUAAAAGCAAAUGCUUUGAAAACUACAGGUAUAUACAUCUAUCACAGGUGCAUGAAUGCAGGAACAUGCAAAGUUGCC